AUGGCACCGGCAAUAGUCAGAAGGGCUCCUUAUAAGGAUUUUCUGCAGCCUGCGCUUCAAAGGCGAUUUUCUUCCACCGCGACCAUUCUCCUUGGUCUAUCUUACGUCCAAGCCAUAUUGCUCUCUGGCUGGAGCUCUUAUUUCUGGUCUUGGUUCCCCAUUGGCCCCGCUGGCUUCCGAACGAUAUUCCUCUUCACCUGCGGCCUGUCGAUCCUGGUCCUGCGUAUUGCCCAGUACCACGUCGGCGCCCGCGCUUCCAACUCAACCUUCCACACGUUCACACAGUUCUUUUUCAGCAUCCACACCCUCGAGGCAUUUCUUUUCUACAGCUUCUCGAGCGCGCUUUUUAGCCAUGUGUACCUGUGGUCCCUACCGGAGAGCGCCAACUUGGGAUGGGUCACGUACUAUAGUGGGGGCGAGCGCGCCAGGGUGAACGAGAGAAUGCUGUGUUUCUACUGCUACAUGGGUAUCAGCGCUGUUGUCCAGGCCAUCUUCCACUUCUACCACGACACCGACAAGCUCAUCAUCGACGUGUCGAGGUCCGAGGGAGACGAAGCCAAGGCCUCGGGGGAUGCUUCGCUGAGCAAGGUCUUGGGCGAAGUGCCUGCGAUCCUUAUCCAGUCUAGUGUUCGAUGCCUCAGCGUCGCUCCCAUUGCCGCCGUGGUUCACAUGCUGCUUUUGCGGUCCUUCGUCUGGGGAUGGGCAUUAUUUUUCCUGCGACCGUUCUACAACAUCCCGAAAACCAACAUGCUGCCGCCUACUCAGCCCUGGGACAUGCCUUUGUUUUUCCGUUGCGCUGUAGCCGGCUUCCUCCUCAACAUCGUAUGGAAGACGGCGAACCAUGCGUUUUCGACAUUCAUGGUGAAGCCCCCGCUCAAGAAUGGCAAGCCUCUCACCAGCGAAUCCAAGGAUCCGAACGGAAGUCUUCUCAACGGACUCAAGAGCAAGAAAGACCAGAUUCGGUGCUUUGCCCUCUGGGAGCUGGCGUACAUCGCACGCAAUGACGAAGGCAGGCGCAAGGCCAUCUUCCAGGACAUCGAUCGUAAGGAUGGCUCCACGUGGUCCCAGAUCUACGUCCACUGCCUCAAUGUCAUCAAGAGUGUCGAGAACAGAAUCGAUGACUACGGGAAGCCUGCGGCUGUUCCGGUUGCUCCUGUCCAGCCUGAAGAAGCGCGGGCUCGCUCCUCAGCUCCUUUGAAAGAGGACCCAAUUUACCAGAGCAAGCCCGCCAACAGGACGGUGCGCGGCGAGAUGGAGAAGGCUCUCAGCCAAGUUGGGCGGCAUUCCGGCGCCUCGCCUAUAUCACAGCUCAGCCCCGUGGCGAAGAAGACGCUCCGAGGCGCUCGUGAUAAGAUUUUGAGCAAGGAACAGCAAGAGGCAUUGUCAUCGCCUCAACUGAAGAGCCAGUUCCAGACAUGGGCUCUGAAGGUCAUCAGCAACGAGUACGUCGGCUGGGUUUUCCGCCAAGAGUUCCGGAACCGACUCACCGCCGUUGUGCUCGGAACACCCUACUCAGAGCUGAGCCAAUACGUCAAUGCGGCCGAUGUGCUCAGCCUGUUGGCUGUACACAGCCUUAUGGAGGAUACGUUCGGCAAGGUCCACAAGGACAUUCCUACCAUCAUCAGGACUUUCACCACAGUCAUCAGCAAGAUUGAGGCGUUCAAGGCCAACUUUCCAGUCCAUUGGACCGAUAUCGAGCAGAACAGAGCCGCGCCGGAGGUGGAUGCUCUGAUUUCAGCCUUGAAGACAGGCUUGACCCAGGUGAUUGCCGAGUUUGAACCUUACAGCAGUGACCUGAGGUUGACUCGCACGGACAUGAGACUGGCGAAGGAGGCCGCAGGCCAACAGGUCUCCCUGAGAGAGGACAAGCCUCGACUUCCCGAGAUGCAGCAGACACGCUAG